GUAUCGAGCCCUCGUCUGUUGAAUCUGAAUGGCAACGUAGAACAGAUGGACAAUUUGGUACUUUGUCACCCGAGGGUAUCUUCUGGUCAAGAUCCCAACCAAACGAUAAUAGUCCAAUGUGAAGUUUCACAAACUAUUCCCAGCGAUCAUGUCUUGCUCAAGGUUGACCGCUUCGGUUUCUCUGCAAACAAUGUGACGUACCAAGCUUUGGGCGAGGCUUCCCACUUCAGGUAUUUCGAUUUCCACCACGCUCCAGAGGCAGAAGGUGUCUCCUCAAAGACGCACGGUGUGACUCCUGUGUGGGGCUUUGGUACUAUCAUCAAGUCCACACAUCCUAAAGUUCAUACUGGAGAACGAGUGUACGGAUACUUCGCUCCAGCACGAUAUCUUGUGCUUCCGGUAUCCCAGGACGUGAACAAGUAUGCCUUCUUUGUGCCCCGAUCUCAUCUUCCUCCAGAUCGCCGGCCAUACAACCAAGUUACGCGGUGCGCCACUGAUCCGUUAUAUGACCCAUCACCGACUGCGGAAGAUCUCACAAUGCUCUAUCGCCCUCUUUUCUGGACCUCGUUUUGGUGUGAGGACUGGCUCAAUUCUACCGAUUAUAAGGGAGGAUCUACGCAGAUCCUUAUGUCUUCCGCCUCUUCAAAGACUGCCUUCUGCCUGGCCUAUCUGAUUCGCAGACGUAAUUCUCUACAAGGGAGUUCGAGACGGGUUAUUGGACUGACGUCAAUGAAGAAUCUUGCUUUUACGAAACGCCUUGGCCUGUAUGACGACGUUUUUGACUAUGAGUCAUUUGAUACGUCACUGGUCGGGAACCUCGCUCGGGGACGCUGGAUAUAUGUAGACGUCGCAGGCAACGAUGGACUCAACGCCAGAGUGCGCGACCAUUUCCGUGUACCCGGCGAGUCUGAACUCGUCACACGCAUUGCUCUCGGCUUUACGAACGUAUCUCCUUCCACAAUCAAUCCAGGCUUAUUUGCUAGUUGGGAUACUGGUUCAGAAGCUCCGCAGGGAGCUGAUCCCAUACUCGAACAUUUUUUCAUGCCUGAAUGGCUUUCUGUGCGCAAGCAACAACUUUCGGUUUCUGCGAUCACUCAAAUGCAGAAGGAAGCUUGGACUAGGCUUAUGUCCGACUGUCAGACCUGGGGUGUGUCGCUUCGGAGGGUUUGUGGCCCGAGCCAGGUGAAGGCUGCGUAUGAGGAAAUAGUCAGGCGGGGACUAGCGCCGGAGGAUGCGUUUGUAUGGAGUCUGUGGGGGGAGACAGCAGAGAUUGGCUCAAGGGCGAAGUUAUGAUGGAAUAUUAUUGCGUAUACCAUUAUACCUAUAAGUACGAUCGUACAAACUUGGUUAGUACUCUAAGUUUAUCAGACUGUCUCAUCAUCAUCUGGUAUAUAUUCGAAGAUGAACUGUAUAUAUCGCCGAUAUGUGUGGUUCGUUGUGAUGGCCAAGUCAAGGAGGUUUUACAUAUAGAUGAUGACUGCGAGAAGCUCUCAAGAUGAACAAGAAUUUCAUUGCUCGGGUGUGGGGAGCAAGGUUCAAGGCUGCGAUGCCCUCAAAUUAAAAAAAACAUACAUCAUAACGAAGUGUUGGGUGAGGCGCACCGGUGGGCGUUUGUCUGUGGUAGACUCGCAAAAACUAAUUACAAC